UUUACGUUCGCAAUUUGGACGAUAUUAAGCGGUCGGCUAAGACCAAACUCAGCUCAAUGAGCACUCGAUGAGCAGUUUGAACUCGUAGAUCUAGUAGAUGUCUUUCUGUGGCACAACUUGAAGUCGAGGAAGUUUGUGACCUGAACGGUUCAAACAACUUUACUUUCUUCCACGUCCUUCUCCUUCGAGUCUCGACAUGCCUAGGAAAAACAGCGCUGCAAUUGACCACGAGAUUGACGUCCUGCAAGCUCAAAUCGCCGUUCUGCAGCGUCGUGAGGAUGACUUCGUUCGUAUUUUGAAGGACAUGGCGCGUCUCAGAGACUCGGUCAAGGCCGAGCAAGUGGCACUUGCAUCUCAAAUAACGGAGCUAGACAGUCAGAGACAUCCAAUUAACUGGCUGCCCUCAGAGUUGCUGAUCCAAAUUUUCGUCUCCUUGACGGAGGACAACGACUCAGACAUCUCAGCAGGUCUCGCGUACAAUUCACCCCCCGUCAUCUUGUCUCAUGUAUGCCGGAAAUGGCGUAAACUCGCAUUUGCCACUUCUAUACUGUGGUCGCGCAUUUCUUACAGGAGCAGAAAGUGGUCCGCGUCUCCAGUAUGGGCGUUCAUGAAUCGCUCAGGCUCUAGUCUGCUCGACUUCACUUUCUCUCCCCCUCUGUACCACAUUGACGACGUUGACGCUGCUAAAGACGAACGACUGGUGUCUCAAGUUCUACUCCACAUGUUGAGCUCUCACCUCUCUCGUGUGCGCUCUAUCACCUUCGAGUGCACAUCCCCUGCGAGUAUGCGACUUAUUGUCGAAGCACUCAUAGAUAACGUUCACCGACUGACGUCGUUACGUUCCUUGGAUCUGUCCUUCGCAAGCCUUGCUCCAUGCUUUGCGGGUACACCACUCCUCUCGCUAGAUGAACUGGGCAAACAGAGUCUACCUGACACAUCAAGCGUCCUCACCUACCUCCGUCUUCAACAAUUACCACCGCAUGUCAUUCCGCCAUCUCUAUUACGAUCUGUGCGAACCCUCGAGCUCUCCUUCCCUCCACGAAAGUCCCGCCGUAUUUCUCAAUACGUCCUACGAAUGUCCCAUGUACACCGUUUCCUGAGUUUUAUUCCAGAACUCCAAGACCUGGUUCUGAUGCAAACUAUACCGCUUCGUGAUCUUGUGCUCGAGGGAUCCAGUGAAGGACAGACAACCGACAAUCGCUUCACUGUUGUUUCCCCCCUUGAACUACCUAAGCUCAGAAGCCUCACAUGGAAGUUCGCAUAUCCCCGCGACGUGUACACCUUUAUGUCUUUCUUCGGCUUGCCUGCGCUGGAGCGAUCGGAAAUUUUAGUUGCUAAUUCUCCAACGAAACGGGACGACGUCACCUUGCUCCGCGGUAACCAUUGGAACGAACCAGACUCGUUCAUCCAGGCCGAGCCCCUCGGAGGCGUCUUAUCCAUGAACGCACUCAAGGAGCUGUGCGUUAGCUGCCAGGACGGCGACUCCCUUAUUUCUUCCCUGCGCCAAUUCCUCUUCCCUGCACUCGAGCAACUUGAGUUUGCAUACGCCGGAAAGUGCCCGCCAAAUUGCAACCACAAGCAUCCUCUCCCGCGCCUCGAUUACGUAUUUCGCGACCCCCGUCUCCCCCACCUCACACAUUUCACGCUGUCACAUCUUGAUGUCUUUGCCGGGCACGGGAAGCUGAUGCUCGGUUAUAUGCCGAGCCUGGUAUCAUUGACGCUUAUCUCGUGCACAGGCGUGGAUGGCGUGCUUGAAGCGCUUGCUGAGGCAUACGGCCUCGCGCUGGAUGCAGAACGCAAGGAAGCGCGCGGAUGUGGCGUUAGAGUUUGCCCCAAACUAGAAAGGAUAACGCUGUGGGGCUGCUGCGACUUCAUAUUCAAAAGCUUAUUUGCAGCCGUAUUCGCGCGUGCACAGCCGGCAGGCAGCAGCAUGCUCAUGAAGGCUCAAAAAGACGUCCCCAGCGUUGUCUCAACUGUGCUAGGCCGCAAAAUAAAGCCCUUGAAGAAGCCGCGUGCGGCGUCUGCACAAGAAGGCCCUUCUUCUCCCGCGAAGUCACAUGUGCAGAGUUCUCAUGGUGUAUCAUCGACGCUGAUCCCGAUCGAGGAGGCUUUGCACCCUGUUCGCGUCGUCUGCGUCCAUGUAGACGAUUGUCCGCAGAUCACUGAGGACGAAGCAUUAUUGUUGGAGGAGUUUGGAACAGUCGUUGUAUAUCGGUGAUCGUGUCUCCGCGAAGCACGGUGAUGAAGCUGGCACGACCUAAGUUUGCCACAGAGUAAGAUAAUAACCGUUCCUGCAAUGUAUCCUUUAAAGUAACUUCAAGGGGCCUACCGCAUGCCAAUCUUGAGGCUAAUCAUCAUGGUUGUCGCAAGUCUUGCCACGGGGGACGGUCCGGUUGGGUGUAUCACUUGUCUUGAAAAACGUAUG